AUGACUAAGGUUGUUACUAUGCGUAUAAGAUUCCCAAAAACUUAUCCAGUUAUUUAUAAAACAUUACGAGUUGAUGGAGAAUUAACAGUAAAAGCAUCAAUAGAAUUUAUUGCAGAAGCAUUACAUAUGCCACCAGAAGAUGGAAUUGGAUUAUAUUUACCAUCAGCAAAAAAGUGGUUAGACAAUGGCACAACACUAGCAACGUAUCAAGAAGACAUUGGAGAAGAAGUUUGUUUAAUACAUUUUUGA